AGAAUUUAACAUGCGAUGAAUAAAAUUCGACUAUUAUACUUGCGUCGAAAUCGUCAAACAAUAGUCUGUGUCAAGUGACGAUAGCAACAAAGAGAAAAAUGAAAACAAUAAAAAAAUAUAUACUUCACUUGAUUUCAGAAUUUUUUAUUAAUCAUCUUCCAAAACAUCGAGAAUGAAAAGAUGAUUGAAAAUAAAAAUUGUCAAGAAUAAUCGAUUCUAUCUAUAGCAAAUCGUGUAGCGUUUUCCACGCUUCCUAAAUAUCGAUUUAGUUCGAACGAAGCAGAAUUGAAACCAUUCAAACGAUAGUGGACCAGCAGUGAAUCUGUUCGAUUUUCCUACAGAGUCGUUCACUCUGUGAUCGAACGUUGUCCCGUUCGCCUAUCCCUCGUCUCGUCGCAUCGUUCAAUCAGUUACAAAUUUAGAUAUGAGGCCAGUACGUCUCAGUACUUAAUCCAAUAACCUCUACUUAAUUAGAUUAUAAGCAGUUCAGAGACGAAAUCAUGUCGAAACAUUUUUCCUCUGUGAACAUCUUGGCAAACGCACCGAUCUGUUUCACUCUGAACAUUACUGAUGUUAACAAACGAGUGUAGAAAUCGUAGAAAUGUUGCGACGAAACAGAUUGAAGAACAGAGCCACUGCGGUUUCACUCCUGCUAUUAGCAGCUGUGAUUUACAACGAGUAUUCGGUGUACGACUUACAGAGACUCAAAUGGACGAGGAGAGAUUGUACAGAAUGCGUGAAGGUGCUGCUUGUCGCAGACCCACAGAUCCUAGGCGAGAGGAACGAGAAUUACUUUGGCUCUUGGGUAGCACGAUGGGACAGUGAUAAGUACUUAAAAAGCACGUUCUCGAGGGCGUUGGAUCACUCUAACCCGCACGUUGUCGCGUUCCUGGGCGACCUGAUGGACGAGGGUCAUAUCAGUAGCAUAGACAGUUUUAAUAGAUAUAAAAGGAGGCUAGACUCGAUCUUUCAAAUGCCCGAUCAUAUCAUGAAAAUUUAUCUGCCCGGUGACAAUGACAUCGGCGGUGAAAUGGACGCAGUAUCUACUAAUAUUCACAAUCGAUUCAAUUUCGCUUAUAGCCAGCCAGACACUUUAGUUUAUAAAACAGUAACGUUCUUCAAGGUGAAUAGAUUGACGCAUACGAUGCCUGAAGCUCCGAAAGAUGCCUUCCUCAACGAUUACGCCGAGAGGAACACCACGAAUAUUGUACUUAGCCACAUGCCUUUAUUAUUCAUGCCUGGCACUUUUGUUCAAAACGUGUUGAAGGAGCUGUCGCCGCAAAUAAUAUUCACGGCGCACGAGCACAAAGCGAUGCAUAUCAGCCUGGACACGGCUACGGAUCAAUUAAGCGAGAUCUGGAUCGUGCCACCUCACGAGACUACGAUACACCAAUUAAGAACGGACGUAGGCGACAUUCACGAAGUGCAAGUGCCAACUUGUUCUUACCGAAUGGGCACGCCCCACACGGGUUACGGACUCGCAUAUAUCGAUACACGAGAGAAGAUGGUAGAGUACACAAUUUUGUGGCUGCCGGGAAGGUUCCCACAAUUGUGGAUUUACGUUUUCGUCGGCAUAUUCGUUUUAGCCUUCACCGUUUGUACGUAUGCCACCAGUUACUGUGCAAACAGCCGUGCAGCUUAUAGUCGCAUGUCCUCCUCGAUGUAGAAACGAGCUUGACGUCAGAGACUAAACGCGAAGAGAUCCGUCCAAAACUUGUGAUUCCUGGCCAUGGUCUGUGUCAAGCUUCGAGUAGAACAUGACAAACUUAGAAACGAUUUACUUAACAAUGAAACAUUUCAUAGAACACAAUCCGUCGGCGCUUGAACUUAAUUAUCAAAUUUGCCGGAUUGGACUAUAUUAUUUGUGACUCAUAGAUUUAGUAUUCGUAUUAUCAUUUCCACAAAAUGUUUUAACACGUUGCCAAACUUAUUAUACAUAUAUAUAUAUAUAUAUACAUAUAUUUCGUCUGUGUAAGCUUUUUUAGUUGCAAACCGUAAGGCUGAAUUAGUUUAGCUUUAAUGUACUGUAAUUUGUGAGAAGUUUAUUAAUUGAUCUCGUGACUAGAGAAUCGUAUUGUCAUUUUAUCUAUAUUUAAUUAAUUCACUUAACAGCAUAUCUAUAAAAGUUCAAUGUAAAUAGGAAAACGAAGAUCCUCUAUAUUUCUCCUGUUUAAAUGAAAGAGAUUCUAACAGCUACAAUAAUGUGGCGAAAAAAUAUACUGUUAACUUUUUAGAGGAGACACCAUUUAUAAAUCAGAGCGUGGAAAACGUGUAUAUAAGUUUGUCGAGAAUUAAUAAAUGUUGAAUCGUUGAACCUAUUUUUAUUAAACGUAACUGACGAGCAUGAACAGAACCGUUAGAGCAAUCAAGCUAAUAGAAUAUUUUAUAUCCGGCGAGGUGUUGCAUGGUUCCUGAUUCAGUCGCGGCGGGCAGACACACACUUCAAUCACGAACCCAUUCACCUGCGAAUAACAAUUAAAUAUAAAAAAAUGUAACGAAUUCGAAAAUAUAAAUCAAUGACUU